AUGGAGACCCCAUCUUCAAUCAGAAGAGUCACAAGGUCUCAGGCUUUGGUUGCUCAAAACAGCAACACCAACAACAUUCCCCUUUCAAGGAAGAAUGAAGAUUCUGAAAAGGUUGAAUCGAAAUCAAGACCAAGAAAUGGGAAGCAACAGCAAGACAGAUCAGCCCUGAUUGACAUAACCAAUGAUUCUCCGAUUGUGGGGCUUGCAAUGGGAAGCUUGGAGACCCCAUCAUCUGCCAUAGUCAAACAGAGAAGCUUUAGAGCCAAGAACACACCUGGGUCCGGAGAGGCCUUACUGAGGGGUCAAGUCAAGACCCUCUUGCAACAAGUGGAGGAAGAGGCCGAGCUCUCAAAGAUCACAUUGGAAAGCCGCCCUCUUCGUCUUCUCCAAGGAAUUACUGGUAACUCGCCAAUGGGACUACUUGCCCCAACUCCGGCAAACACACCACAGGUCUCUGACCUCUCUGUUGAUGCAAGUGGAAGCAACAAUGGUGGUGUGGGUUUCGAGAAGCCUUCUCCACUUAUCCAAGAACAAUUGAUUUCUCAGGUGGUAUGUGACAUCUUUGAGGGAAAGAAUCAAGAAAGCCUUGAAUCACAAAAGAGUAUCAUCAGCCGGUCUCUGCUGCUGGAUUUCUCUGAGAAAUCUGAAGUCUCCUCUGUUUCAUCAGAGUGCUCCUCUGUGAUUACUGAAAUCAAAGAGAAGUCAUCACCAGAUGAUGAUAGUGCUUCCAUUUGGUCAAUUCAGGUCAAUGCUAGCACCCAUGAUGAAGAUGAAGAAGAAGUUGCUCAAGCAGAAGAAGAAGAAGAUUAUUAUCUGAAUCUGAAUGAAGGUUAUGAAAUUGAAGAACAUGAACAGGAUGGAGGCUAUGAUCUUGAUGAGCUUUGUGAUGGUAUAAACAACAUUUGUGUUGAUGAGAAGAAAAUGAUCCCCAAGUUUGCUGGAAAGCAUACAAGAUUUGUUUAUGACAGUGAGGAUGACAUUGAAAUCGUUGAAGAAGACUUUUCAGCAGAGAGUCCUGAUUCAGGUGCUGUUGUUUCACCCAGUGCCCUUCGCUUGAAGGGCUUGCCAACACCAAAAGGCAAGCACAUGCGCUUUCUUGAGGAGGAAAAUUAA